AUGACUGGUCCUGUUCUCCAGGAUUCGCUUAUCGAUAUUCUGCUGCGAUUUCGAUUCCCAGUAGUAGCGUUAACCGGUGAUAUACAGCAGAUGUACCGUAUGGUACAGGUGGCAAUGGAAGAUCGCGAUUACCAGCGAAUAUUAUGGCGAUGGAAGGCAGAGGACACCAUCGAUGAGUACACAAUGAACACCGUCACCUACGGUACGAAAACGGCGUCAUACCUUGCAACGAAAUGCGUGCAACAGCUGCUUAACCAGUAUGCAAGGAGUGCCCCCACCGUGGUUCAGAAGGCACUGAAGGGGACCUAUGUUGAUGACGUUUUAACUGGUGCAGACUCUCCGGAAGAAGCUCAGCAGUUGCGGCGACAGCUUUCAGAAAUAUUUGCGUCCUGUGGAUUCCAUCUACGGAAGUGA